UCACAGUUUCUGCAUAUAUAUCAUCCUUUUCUCUGUUGCUCUGAUCACACCAUUCUUUUCAUAAUUUAAUGCAAUAUAUUCUAUUCUUAAACUAAAGCCAAAGAUAGAAGAUAUAGCUUCAUCUGUCAUUUCUUUCACCCGUUUAUUAACAUAACACCAAAAGAAACUAGACAUCAUGGGACAUCACUCUUGUUGCAACAAACAGAAGGUUAAAAGAGGAUUAUGGUCACCUGAAGAAGAUGAAAAACUCAUCAAAUAUAUUACAACAUAUGGACAUGGUUGUUGGAGUUCUGUUCCAAAACUUGCUGGUCUGCAGAGAUGUGGAAAGAGUUGCAGAUUAAGAUGGAUAAAUUAUCUAAGACCUGAUUUGAAACGUGGAAGUUUCUCUCAUCAAGAAGCUGCACUCAUUCUAGAACUCCACAGCAUUCUAGGCAAUAGGUGGGCUCAGAUUGCGAAGCACUUACCUGGAAGAACAGAUAAUGAGGUGAAAAACUUUUGGAAUUCAACCAUGAAGAAGAAAAUCCCUUCUCAUGGUAUCUUUCCAUCUUUCCCCACAUUUUCUAAUAUUCACACCCCCUACAAUAAAAAUAUUGGUUCUAUGGAAAGUUUACUCCCUAUAAAUGCAAACCCUAAUGUGAUUCUAAAUUUCAACCAUCACCAUGAAGAUCAACUAUGCUAUCCAACCUCAUCUCCAAAUCUACAAGGUAAUUUUCACCAAAUUGAUACAAAGGUAGACAUGAUCAAUAACCAUUAUAAUGGCAAUUUCCUUCACAUUCAAAAUCCAAUACCAGAAAUCUUACAACCAAUGUCUAAUCCUUCCCCUUAUGAAGAUACAUGGUCAUUGGGUUGUUUACCUCUUCAUCUCAAUCAAAAUCAAGAAAAUCAAAUCUCAAAAAGUGAUACCACCCCACUCAACAAAAUAAUCAACCCAAUUGAAUUAAUGGAACAAUAUGUUCAAUGUCAUGAUUUGGUUGAACUUGAAGCCACUCUGCCUAAAUUAGUCAAUGAUCAAAGCCUUGAGGAUUAUGCUGCAGCGAAAAUUCAGAGCUACACCACUAGUAUUACUUAUCCACAAGAUCAAAAUAUGGAAGAUAAUCAAUUGAUUUACAUUAAUGAUGCCCUCAUAUUUAUGUCAUCAGUGUCCUCCUCAAGCAGCCAAGUAGUCAAAAAUCCUACUAUUCCAUUAGGAUGGGAGCCUUAAUUAAAGCAUUGGUACUACUACUAUAUAAGUUAAUUAUCAAUGCAUACAAUUAUUUCUAUGUAUUUAAUUAUGUAUUGUAAUUUUUUUUGUCAAGAGUGUGUAGAUCUUCUUAGGCAAAAUUACUUUCGGCGUCUCUUAACUUAAUUUUAAAUAACAAUUUCCUCAAUUAUCUUUUUUCACCUCAUUUUCGUCAUUUUGAUCAAUUUUCAUAUAGAUUUUUAAGAUUCAAAUCAAUGGUUUUAUUUCGCUCUUUACUGUUCAAAUAUAUGAUCUUUUAUAUUUGAUGCUUGAAAAUUCAUAUGCAAAUAGAUCAAAAAAAGACAAAAAUGACGUGAAAGAAAGAUAAACGACGCAAUCGUUAUCUGAAAUUAAGUUAAAGUGAAACAAGUGUGUAAUUUUGCCUUCUUUUUAUUUUACUUUUGUUGAUUUUUAUUUUAUUUGUUAACCUGAACAUUGCUAGUUCAGGCACUUACAUUAAAUGAUGCUUGUUGAAGUUCAAUAAAUAUGUAAUGUACUUUUAGGUUCCAUUUGCAUGCAUGUAUGUCGGCAUCGUUGAAGUUCAAUAUAUGAAAGUUAUUUAUGAAGAGCUACGUGUGAUAUUGUUAA